AUGAGUUGGUUUGCAAGCCACGAGCAAGCACCAUUGCAGGACCCACCGACAGAGCCGCGCGCGAUUCGGUCGCACGCGGCGCCGGCGGAAGGACCUGCAGAGGCGCAUCAGCGCGCCAUCAGGAGGCGCAUCAGUGGCGCGCACGCGACGCGUCAAGCGGCGGCCGGCGCUCUCGGGCGGGGCCCGCUCCGCACCGCGCAUCAGGCGGUGGCCGGCGCUCGCGGCCGGGGUGGGUGCACUGCUGGGCCUGCGCUUCAGGCGGCGGCGGCCCCAGGCUCCCGCGCAUGCGCUCCUGCAGCGGCCUGCAGGGCCCGCGAGGCGGCCGGCCGGCCGGCCCGAGAUGCAAAGCGGCAGGCGCAGCCCGCGCAUGCAGCAGAGCCAGUGCCCCUACCGCCCGCGCAUGCUGCAGGGCUCGCGCCCCAAGGUGGCGGCCGGCCCGAGUCUGGCCGGAGGCACGGCGUUCGCCACCAGACCGACCGGCGGCUGUGCCAUGAGGAAGGAGCGGCUGCGCUCUGA